AUGUCAGGUCUAACGUCAGCUUUCGCUCGCUAUUCUGAAGAAGUAACAGCUUCUCCUCUGACUGAUACAGUAUUAUCUGCAUCACGUAAACGUAAACGAGUCUCAAUGACAACUACAAACGGUCAUUCGAACGGAAACCAAACAAAUAAAACACGGUCGAAAUCAUUACAACCUUUAUUACCUAUUCCGGAAACAAAUGGGCAAUCGAAGAUCAUCGAAAAGCCAAGCACCGUGAAAAAAAUAAAAAAAUCGGAAACAAAAUUUUUGUCUCCAGCCUAUCCAACACCGUAUCCACAACGUCGUGUUGUUGUUUCCGAAUCAUGUCAAUCUCAAAUUGAGAAAGCAACUUCAGAAGAAAGCGAUGAAGACGAUGAAGACGAAGAUGAUGAUGAUGAUGUUGAAGAUGACUCUCCUUUAUCGGCCUGGCUUCAUGAUCACGUUCCUAUUGAAGAUAGUACUCUUCUUGGUGAGCAUUUGUUUGGUUUACUCAUUGAUCCUACACCAGUGAAAGAAUUCAUGAAGAAAACAUGGCAACGUGAACCAUUACUUGUUCAACGUAAACAAUCGACUUAUUACAAUGGUCUCUUUUCAACUGGUGACAUCGAUGAUAUACUUCGAGACAAUAAACUCGAAUAUAGUGAAAAUAUUGAUCUCACUUUUUAUAAUCCAACAACAUUUAAAAAAGAACGUCAUAAUCAAGAAGGUCGUGCUCGUCCAGCUGUUGUCUGGGAUGCAUACAAUGAAGGAUGUUCAGUUCGUAUUCUUAAUCCUCAUACAUAUUCAACAAGUGUUUGGAAAUUACUCUCAACUCUUCAAGAAUAUUUUGGUUCACUUGUUGGUGCAAAUACAUAUUUAACACCGCCUGGUUCUCAAGGUUUUGCACCUCACUAUGAUGAUAUCGAUGCAUUUAUUCUUCAACUCGAAGGGAAAAAACAUUGGCGUGUUUACAAUCCACUCAAUGAUGAUGAAGUUUUACCAUUGAAAUCAAGUCAUGAUCUAGAUAAAAGUGUUGUCGACAAUGUAAAACCAUGUAUUGAUGUUGUACUUGAAGCAGGUGAUCUGCUUUAUAUGCCACGUGGUUAUAUACAUCAAGGUUAUACUCUUGAUGAUGCGCAUUCAUUACAUCUUACAGUUAGUUGUUAUCAACAACAUACAUGGGGAGAUCUAUUCAAAAUACUUUUACCUAAAGCAGUCGAUUAUGCUAUGAACACUAAUGUUAAAUUUCGUCGAGGUGUACCAAUGGGUUAUCUCAAUCAUUUCGGUCUUAUUCAUAAUACCAAUAAAUUAGCAAUGAAGAAGCGUGCGAAGUUUCAUGCUACUUGUCAUCGAUUACUUGAUGAGUUACUUCGUGAAAGUGUUCCUAUACAAAUGGAUAAUAGCGUAGAUGAAAUGGCUCAGAAAUUCAUGCAUGAUGCAUUGCCACCGAUGUUAACAGCAGAAGAACAAUUAACAACAAUUCAAGAACAAGGUGAACGAUGGAAUAGUGACUUGAAUCGUGUUAGCAACGUGGUAGAACUACAACCUGAUAGUCGCGUUCGUCUCCUUCGUCGUCAUUGCUUACGUGUUGCUGAACAAGAUAAUAGUGCUGAAAAUGAUGAAGAUAAUAUUGUUGCUUAUUAUACAACUGACAAUGGACGAGUUUAUCAUGAUCGGCCACUAUCAACACUUGGCGUGGAUAAAGAAACAUUGCCUGCACUUGAACUGCUUUUCACCAGUUAUCCAGAAUAUGUUAGCAUUGAUUCAUUACCAUUGACAACAAUCGAAGAUAAAAUUGCUUUCGUAUCAACGUUGUAUGAAAAAGGACUUGUUCGAACAGAAUAUGAACUGGCACAUUCGGAUGAUGAAGAUGAAUCGGAUAGUGAUGACGAUGAUGAUGAUGAUGAUGAUGAUGAUGACGACGGAGAAGAAGAAAAUGGGCUCGUUUCGAAGCGACAAAAAGUUCGCAAUGAAUCAACAGAUGAUGAUGAUGAUGAUUAA